CGAGUUCAUUAUCUCGGGGCAACAAGAAGGGAAUAUUAAACAAUCGAAUUUAACAAUAAUUAAUAUUAUUACGUAUUCAACAUUAGUUUUUUGUUUAAAAAUUCGAUUGUUGAACUUAGCGCUUAAAAUUUAGUCUGGUGAUUGUUAUUCGGUUCGAGAACACAACAGAGAAUCAUAAGGAUCUAGCUAAGAGGUUAAGUUCCAGAAAAUACUUCAGAGUAUGUCUGGAGAUUACUAUUCCGUGUUGGGAGUGACCCAGAAUGCAUCCAUAAACGAUAUUAAAAAAGCGUAUAGAAAAUUGGCAUUAAAAUGGCAUCCGGACAAGAAUCCAGAAAACCAAGAACAAGCGAAUAGAAUGUUUAAAACAAUAUCUGAAGCUUACGAAGUAUUAUCUGACGAGACAAAAAGAAAGUUGUAUGACGACCAGCGUAAAAGAAAAUUUUCUGCAUCACCUAAGCCGUUCUUCUACAACUUCUUUGAAAGCCCGUUUCAUCGUUAUUUCGACAAAAAACGAAAGGCAUACAACCAAUAUGGCAAAGAUGGUUUGAUAAACGGUGGAGCAGGACAUGGUGGUCGCCGCAGAGGCCCUCGACACACUAAUCACUACGAUCCAUUUGGCCAAGACUUUGGAUCUGGAUUUUUCAAUUUUAGAGAUCCGGAAGACGUUUUCAGAGAGUUUUUCAACACUUCUGAUAUUACAGACCUUCUAUUUCCGGGCCAAAGGUACAGUGGACAUCAUGAGAUGUCGACGAUGAUGAAUCCUUUUGGAUUUGGAGGUUUCGGCGGAGGAUUCGGUUCUGGAUUUGACGACAUGUUCUCAAUGGCAAAUGCGGGAUUCGCUAAUGGCGGUGGUGGCAGUGGCGGUAAUAUAAAAAGAACGUCGAUAUCCACAAGAUUUGUUAAUGGGAAAAAAAUUACUACUAAAAAAAUAUCAGAAGGAGGCAAAGAAAUAGUCGAAACAUAUGAGAAUGAUAUGCUCAAGUCGAAAACUAUUAAUGGCGUGCCACAAGCAAUUGCAUACGGCCAUUAGAUCGAUCUCUCUUUUCACCUCAUUCUGUAUUGCAAAAUAAAAAAGGUUUAUGCGAAAAUAAACGUUCUCCAUUCUAAUAUGGGAAAAUAAAUUAAACUUUUUUUGUAUAAUAAUUCUAUUAGAAAAUAAUUUUUUUUAUUCAUGAAUAAAGUAUAUUUAAUACUACUAGGUUUUUUUUUUUAAAUAGCUGUGACAUUGAUUUUAAGAAAUAAAUUAAUUUUCAUAAAAGCACGUAACGAUAAUCUAUCGACAGGCUCCACUGAUUAAUAAGACUUACACUAUUUUUACGCGCUUUCAUAAUUUUAUUAUUAUAAAUAAAUAUAUGUAUUUUAACUUAAUUACCUUUUUUGGUAUAUCAUAUUUAAAACUAAAUAUAAAAAUAAAUACCCAACUAUUUAUUGUAAUAAUAAUUGUUAUAAAAAGAUAAACUUAUUUUCUCUCUCGCCUUUUCUUUUUUUUUUUUUCAUCUAGAAUAAUAUUAGAGGGUUUCACCAUCUUCCUAUUGUGUUUUCUACGUAUGUUGUAUGAGAACUCAUUUCGUAUUAUAUGGUGUAUCACCAACAUUGUAC